CACUUGAGGUAAAUCGAUGUACAAAUAUUUGUGAUAAUUAUUUGGCUGAGAAAGAAAAAAGAGAUGGGUGAGAAGAGCAAGAUUCUGAUAAUUGGGGGCACAGGGUAUAUCGGUAAAUUCAUAGUGGCGGCGAGCGCAAAAUCUGGGCACCCCACGUUUGCUUUGUUGAGAGAUGCUACAAUUGAUGACCCUGCUAAGUCCCAACUCAUUCAAGGCUUCCAAAAUUCUGGAGUCACUAUACUCAAAGGUGAUUUGAAGGAUCAUGAGAGCUUAGUGAAGGCCAUAAAGCAGGUGGAUGUAGUAAUAUCCUGUGUGGGUCAGAUGCAGUUGGCUGAUCAGCUGCACAUCAUUGCUGCUAUUAAAGAAGCUGGAAAUAUUAAGAGGUUCAUGCCGUCGGAGUUUGGAAACGACGUAGAUCGUGCCCGGGCGGUGGAGCCGGCGAAAUCAGCAUGGGCGGUGAAGGUUGAUAUCCGGCGAGCUACAGAGGCAGAAGGCAUUCCAUACACGUACGUUUCAGCCAACUACUUCGCUGGCUAUUCUCUGCCAACACUCAUGCAGCCAGGACUCCCCCCUCCGCCUACAGACAAACUCGUCAUCUUUGGAGAUGGGAAUGUCAAAGCUGUGUUCAACGAUGAACGUGACAUUGGCACAUACACCAUCAAAGCUGUUGAUGAUCCAAGAACCUUGAACAAGAUCCUCUACAUCAAGCCUCCCAAAAACAUAUACUCAUUCAAUGAGAUUGCUGCUUUAUGGGAGAAGAAAAUCGGCAAAACCCUCCAGAAAAUCUAUGUACCCGAGGACCAACUUCUCAAACAGAUUGCAGAGUCAGCAAUGCCAAUAAACAUAAUUCUGGCGAUCAACCAUUCUGUAUUCGUGAAGAGUGAUCAAACAUAUUUUGAUAUCAACCCAUCAUUUGGAUUUGAGGCUUCACAGCUCUAUCCUGACGUCAAGUAUACUACUGUGGACGAGUACCUCAACCAAUUUCUCUAAAUUGUUUCUCCAUUUCGACUACAUCAAUAAUGGGAAACCUCAAAUUUAUGUUAUAUACUUUUAUGUGUGUUUAUGAAACAUUUAUGGAUCUACCAUGUAUCUCAAAUUCGUGAACAACGGUUUCUGCUAUAAAUUUAUCGACUUUAAUUUUAA